UCAGAGGGAGCACCGGUUUGGAGCUGGGAUCCCCUAUUUUAGCUUUUCUGUGGCUGGUGAAUGGGGAUCCCAGGAUCUCACAAUCUCAGGGACCAUGGGCUGCGGCUGCAGCUCACACCCGGAAGACGACUGGAUGGAAAACAUCGAUGUGUGUGAGAACUGCCAUUAUCCCAUAGUCCCACUGGAUGGCAAGGGCACGCUGCUCAUCCGAAAUGGCUCUGAGGUGCGGGACCCACUGGUUACCUACGAAGGCUCCAAUCCGCCGGCUUCCCCACUGCAAGACAACCUGGUUAUCGCCCUGCACAGCUAUGAGCCCUCUCACGACGGGGACCUGGGCUUUGAGAAGGGGGAACAGCUCCGCAUCCUGGAGCAGAGCGGCGAGUGGUGGAAGGCGCAGUCCCUGACCACGGGCCAGGAAGGCUUCAUCCCCUUCAAUUUUGUGGCCAAAGCGAACAGCCUGGAGCCCGAACCCUGGUUCUUCAAGAACCUGAGCCGCAAGGACGCGGAGCGGCAGCUCCUGGCGCCCGGGAACACUCACGGCUCCUUCCUCAUCCGGGAGAGCGAGAGCACCGCGGGAUCGUUUUCACUGUCGGUCCGGGACUUCGACCAGAACCAGGGAGAGGUGGUGAAACAUUACAAGAUCCGUAAUCUGGACAACGGUGGCUUCUACAUCUCCCCCCGAAUCACCUUUCCUGGCCUGCAUGAACUGGUCCGCCAUUACACCAAUGCUUCAGAUGGGCUGUGCACACGGUUGAGCCGCCCCUGCCAGACCCAGAAGCCCCAGAAGCCGUGGUGGGAGGACGAGUGGGAGGUUCCCAGGGAGACGCUGAAGCUGGUGGAGCGGCUGGGGGCUGGACAGUUCGGGGAGGUGUGGAUGGGGUACUACAACGGGCACACGAAGGUGGCGGUGAAAAGCCUGAAGCAGGGCAGCAUGUCCCCGGACGCCUUCCUGGCCGAGGCCAACCUCAUGAAGCAGCUGCAACACCAGCGGCUGGUUCGGCUCUACGCUGUGGUCACCCAGGAGCCCAUCUACAUCAUCACUGAAUACAUGGAGAAUGACACACUUCUAGACUCCCAGUUGGAGGAGAAGGGUCUGGGGGCCUCCCCCUGGGGCAACUUGGGCCAGCAACUCUUGCUUCUGCCCACAGGGAGUCUAGUGGAUUUUCUCAAGACCCCUUCAGGCAUCAAGUUGACCAUCAACAAACUCCUGGACAUGGCAGCCCAAAUUGCAGAAGGCAUGGCAUUCAUUGAAGAGCGGAAUUAUAUUCAUCGUGACCUUCGGGCUGCCAACAUUCUGGUGUCUGACACCCUGAGCUGCAAGAUUGCAGACUUUGGCCUAGCACGCCUCAUUGAGGACGACGAGUACACAGCCAGGGAGGGGGCCAAGUUUCCCAUUAAGUGGACAGCGCCAGAAGCCAUUAACUAUGGGACAUUCACCAUCAAGUCGGAUGUGUGGUCUUUUGGGAUCCUGCUGACGGAAAUUGUCACCCAUGGCCGCAUCCCUUACCCAGGGAUGACCAACCCGGAGGUGAUUCAGAACCUGGAGCGAGGUUACCGUAUGGUGCGUCCUGACAACUGUCCAGAGGAGCUGUACCAACUCAUGAUGCUGUGCUGGAAGGAGCGCCCAGAGGACCGGCCCACCUUUGACUACCUGCGCAGCGUGCUGGAGGACUUCUUCACAGCCACGGAGGGCCAGUACCAGCCUCAGCCUUGAGAGGCCUGGAGAGGCCCUGGGGUUCUCCCCCUUUCUCUCCAGUCUGACUUGGGGAGAUGGAGUUCUUGUGCCAUGGUCACACGGCUUAUGCACAUAUGGACUCUGCACACGAAUCCCACCCACAUGUGACACAUAUGCACCUUGUGUCUGUACACAUGUCCUGUAGUUGCGUGGACUCUGCACAUGUGUCUUGUACAUGUGUAGCCUGUGCAUGUAUGUCUUGGACACUGUACAAGGUACCCCUUUCUGGCUCUCCCAUUUCCUGAGACCACAGAGAGAGGGGAGAAGCCUGGGAUUGACAGAAGCUUCUGCCUACCUACUUUUCUUUCCUCAGAUCAUCCAGAAGUUCCUCAAGGGCCAGGACCUUAUCUGAUACCUCUGUAUGCUCCUCCUUGGUGCCUGGCCUGGCACACAUCGGGAGCUCAAUAAAUGUCUGUUGAUGACUGUU